UUAACGACUUCGAAAGUGUUUAAAUGGAUGGAAUAUUAGCUUUGGGGCAUUUUUGUGAAUCCCACGGACCCUGUGUAAUUUUGUGUACGCAAAAAGCGGAAAACCCUCCCAAAAAUCAAGCUCCUCACGCUUUAACUGUACCUUGGUGCGAUUCUUGCCAAUCAAUCUUUUUAAAUCAAGCACUUGUUAGUAAAAAUGAGAAAGGAUAUUAUGUAACGACCCGAACACCUUUACAACAAGAUUUAGCCUUUCUUCUAAAACAAGCUGUUGUUCGUAGUUUAAGUUGUGAAGAAGAAACGAGUGGAGAAGGAUCUCCUAUUUAUUUUGGGGACCACGAACGUGGACACGUUUUAGCGCGGACUUUUACACUUCAAGAUUCUUUAGCAAGAGGGUUUUAUCGUAAAUAUACUAUUUUAAUGUUAAUGAGAGACAAAGUACAUUUAUUGAAUGUUUGGCCGGUUCUUGUGAAACAUAUAAAAGAGAUUGUGAGGGAUUUAAAAAAAGAUGCUGCUAAAAUAAAUGAUGCUGAACAAGAAAAGAGGCCUCAAAGGGCUGUUAGGCAAGCUCAAGGAUCUCCGAGUACAACAGGAAGAUCUUUAUCUGAAUUAACAGGUCGCCCAGCAGUUUUUGCACAUUUACACUUGUGGUUUGCUUGGUUAUUAAGUGGAUCUUUAGCUGAGGAAAGAAGGAAGACGCCUUUAAGUAUUCCUAAUGUGUCUCCUUCACCAUUAUUAAGAAGUUAUUUAAAAAAUUUAGGAGAUGAAACUUUUAAGGUUGGUUUAUAUUGUGUUUUAACCGGCAUAAACUUAAUUACAGAAUCAUCACUCUUGGAUGCUUUCAAAAGUUUAUUACCGUGUGAAUUUUUGGUAAGCAGUAAUCAAUAUUGUAGUAUAAUAAAAAGUGAUGAAAAAUACGAAGUGAAAUGGGAUGAAGAAUUACCUAAUAAAUUACCAACUUUAAUUAUGAACAUUAUGAAAUCUUUGGAUAAUAAACAUUUACCUGAUUCAGUUUUAAAGACACAAUUAAAUUGUUUAAUUGUACAGUGGAGGAAUAUUGUUAAUACUUUAGCAAGACCUCCAAAUAUUAAUUUAGAAUUUUUACAAUCGUUGGGAAUACAAAAGUUUGAUCUUCCACUUUUAUUGUUUUGGAUUACAGGGUUAUGCAAUGAAAAUAAAGCUAUUGUAUUAAAGGAACAAUUAAAUAAGUAUUUAGGUUGUAAUAAAUGAUAUUAUAAAUGAUUAUAUGUAAAAAAAAUGUAAAAGACAAAUUGGCAACUCUUUUUUUAAAUAUUAAAAGAUGAAAUUGUGAUUUUAAGUUCUAUUAAGUUAUCUAUUAUUUAAAUAAAAUACUGGUACAUAAACAUAUUUAUUGAAAUGCAUUAUUAUAGAGCUCAUUUGCAAUUGAUUAAGCCAAAUAUGUCUUAUACAAAGUUCAAUAGUUUAGGAAUUAUUUCAAUUUUUUGUUUUUUGUACAUUUUCAGUAUAUACUCAAAUAUUAAUACAAAUAUUGGAAUUUAGAGUUUAAUAAUAGUUUCUUUGGCAACAUAUUAGAUAGACUACACUUUAAUACACAUUUUAAGUUGAAAAAUAUUGUCAAUAUUUCGAUUGUUUAAAAAUACUGGAUAAAAAUGUUUUGUGACUUAAGAUAAUUUUUAAACAAAUUAAUUUUUUAUGAGCGUCUGAUAUAUAGUAGAAUCCUACUAGACUAUUUAGUCUUGGUAAAAACUGAUCAUACCUCCUUCAAUGUUUGUAAAAAAAAUUUAAUUCUGUUCAAAAAGUGCUAUUUUUCAUGAUUGAAACUGAUUAUUAAACACUUAAUUAAUUUCUGGUCAAAGAGAGCUAUAUUUCAUAUUAGUGUCGGUUAGGAAGAUAAGUUCUGUUCAAAAAAGACUAUUUCCUUGAUUUCUAUGCGGUAUUCGUUACGUAUUUUCCAUUCAAGUUGUCAACAAAACACAGCUUUUAUUAUACUCUAUGACAAGUGUUAAGAUACUAUUAUCUGUGGUGUCAAGUUUCUCCCGCGCGGAUAUUUCGUCGAUUAGUUUAUCGAUUUUAACAAAUUCAUUCAAAAAUUCUAUAAAACCCGACCGAAACUUGGAUGCACGUGCCCUAAAUAGUGGUGUAAGACAGAAAAUACGAAAAGAUAUCUAUCUACCUAUCGUAAAAAGUAAGUGCCUUUGGUACUCUUAUUUUUUUGUGUACGAAUAUUGUGUUUUAAGUUGGUUUCCGCAUAUGAUUUCAUUUUAUUUUUCAGAAAAUAUACAAGCAAUGACCCUCUUUAUAUCAACUUCUACGCUACAUGCAAGCAUAGAUUCAAAAAUUCAAGAACAGGAAACGUUUAAAAUUACGACAGUCGAACAAGACAUCUUUUUAGCAAGGCUUUUGGGCCCUUCAGAACCCCAAUCUAGGAAAUUUAGGCCUAGGUAGAAUACCUAAAGAAAAACGCGGUGGUGAUAGGAAGUCAAAUAAAACAGAGGAUAAAAAAGGGACAGUCUCAGAAAGUUUUUGAAUAAUCUACCAGCCAGUGAAAACCACUACAACCGAAACAAAAGCAAACGCAUAUAUUUAUCUUCAGAAUUAAAUUAAAAAAAAACAAAGACAAUAUUAUUGUGAUUUGGUCACAGCUGAUCUCAGAGUUUCAUGCACAAUGUUUUAUGAAAUUUUUUACAAAGAAUACAACAUUAGUUUUAAAACUCCUGCAUUAGAUGUCUGUGGUACUUGAAUUCUUUGGAAAAAUU